GAGCAGAACAAGCUCAUCGCCUCGCUGCGGCCUUCUGAAACGUUUUGGCCCUCGCACACCGACAGUCUCGCACCCCCACGCCCGCAGACGCGCUUGGCGCUGGAACCCCGCCAAGCAGCUGCAAUUCCAGACUCGGUUGUCAAGACAGCCUCCAAUGGCUCAGCAGACGCGGCCCGAGCGCAAACUGGAAUUGCCAGUUCGACAGCGCUGGAGUGGACAACAAGGGCGAGCCGCCAAGCAACCCUGGAUUGGACGAGCUUUGCAACGAGGCACAUUACGGAGAAGGACGAUUACGACCAUCCGCAGGUGAAACGGUUCCUUCGCCGCGUUCCGUGCUGUUCGCGUACUUUGGAGCAGCUUGCACAUCGUGCUGCGAUAUCUGACGCUAAAGGAGCCACGACGUGA